UAACUGCUUAUUUGUAAUAUCUGCAGCCCAGAGAGCAGUUCAGAGUCCUCCCAAAUUCUUUUCGGGAAGGUCAGUGUUUGCUUUCACCUGGUCACUUGGUGUUCCGUGCUGGCCUGAGACUAGCACCAGAGCCGCCACUGGUCUCCGAUUCCACUCCACUAACCUAAUCCAGUCACUGCACCUUAAUUCAUCUUUGUUCAUUUGCCAGGUGGUGGCCAUUUUGGGAGGGAUGUUUUCAAUAAACUGAAGCAUGAAGCAGGAAGGCGGCAGACCCUCAGCAACAGACCCAUGACCCACAGCGGCGACGACCGGGGGGAAGGGGAGGGGGGAAGGAAUCCCCUGACAAGGAGCAGAACCCCUGGCAAUGAGUAGAACCCCUAACAACGAGCAGUUUCACGAGACAAUGUGUACGGGGAAAUGUUCAAAAGUCAUUGGGAAACUUCUGUUCCCGCUGGGAAUCUGCGCCAUGGUUGCAAAUCUACUGCUGUACUUCCCAAAUGGAACGAUAUUAGAGGUGGAACAGAUAACGGAUUUUGUCUGGUUUUUCCAUGGAAUUGUGGGUGCUGGAUUACUGGCUUUCCUGCCAGCGUUUAUGAUGCUGGGUGUCGGGGGAGAGGGAUGCUGCGCAAACAGAUGUGGGAUGUUCCUGUCUGUGAUGCUGUCAGCACUGGGCGCCAUAGGAGGAGCCUACUGUGUGGUCAUCUCUGCCAUGGGUUUAGUCCGUGGACCUCUGUGUGACACAGGAGAUGGAGAAUACACAUACCCUUUCAGGAAUGAAACUGAGGAGGACAAUUAUCUGUUUCAUCAGAGCACCUGGAGCAUUUGUAAGGCACCUGAGAACAUUGUGCUGUGGAAUGUUACAUUAUUCUCCAUUCUCUUGGGAAUUGGCGCCAUUGAAACUGUUCUGUGUGUAAUCCAAGUCAUUAAUGGGCUAUUCGGCGUCAUCUGCGGCACGUGCUUGAGACAAAGAAAAACUGGUGUCGCCUAGCUGCAAAUACCCUCUAUUGGUAGAAUAUAUUGAAGAAUGGCGGAACUCACUGAAUAUUAAACUAUAUGUUAAAGAGAUUUAUUUGGGGUAUUGAGGUCAAAUUUGGAAACUGUCUUGAAACUUGAAUAAUGAAUAUAGGCGAUAUCUUCUCUAGAACUUUAUUUCCUUCUGUGGAAAGGGAUACAUCCAGCAUGACGCCAGCGCCAGCAUCCAUGUUGGUUGAUGGAACAAACCCCAAUAGCAGCUUCUUAUUAUCCUCUUAUACUUUAUACAAUAAAUGUGUCAUAUGUUUCGGUAUCUACUACCUCUACAAUUUACAUUAUCCUAAUACUCAUCAAUUGGCUGUAAAAUUGUCCUCAUAUUAAACAAUUAUCUUUAAAAGUUA